AUGAGGGAGUUGAACUCCUCCUCUUCUUCUAUCGUGAAAAAACAGGCGAGUAUAUCACAGGAAACAGUUGUAACGUUAACAGAAUCUGUGAUGCAGCAAUGCAUCACUACCCGUGCUGCCUGAAUUUGAAUUUGUCAUGCAUAGCACGCGUAUAGGGCUACAUUUGUGAUGCAUGGCUGCAAUCUUUAACGUUAACACUUUUUCUUGUGAUAAAGUAAGGGAUUGGAUCAAGAACUUGGGUACUUCCACCUCUGUGUGUAUGAGGACCACCACCAGUUCACGCACGAUGCUGCUGGAGGAAAGGGUGGCGCAACCGGGAAGACAGGUGGUUCGUUAGCUUUUCAGAAGAAGAAAACCACGAGCUCUUCCUCGGACACGUCAGAUUCGGAGGAAGAAUCUGAUGGAGCACAACUACCUCUAGGCGAUACGAGAUCUCCAACAGAACAAGAACUUGUAGAGCAGAACCAGCAAAAAUGUGAUGAUGACUACACUGUGAUUGGGAAAAAAGCGACAACGGCUGCUGGCUUGGACAAAGUGAAAACAAGAACUACAGGUGGUUUUAGUGCCAACAGUAACACGUCACCAAAGUGCUACGUCAUCCGACUUUUUGACAACAGACGAUGCACGUUACACUACGCGAAGUACGUGCACCACAAAAGCAGUAACCUUGGGCAUCAACAAGGAGGAGGAGGAGCAACUACAGGAUCUAGUGUUGUCAGUGGUACAACAACUCCAGGAGCUACUAGUACUUCUAUAGCACAAACAGGACAGCAUCAACUUCUCACCGCUGACCAAUAUGACUUGGACGCAGAGAUUCUCUUGGAGAAAAUCAUCGCGUCUCUCUACUAUACCGGGUCGGAGCUGAUCUGCACACAGAACAACUACUUCGGAGGGAUGAACAGCAUGACAAACGACAUUGAUAAUGGGCGGAACACCAGCAUCACAAACACAUCAUCAUCGAAGAGCCAGUUGUAUCAUCAAAACAACUACCAGAAGAAGGACAAGCUACAGGAUUUGGAAACCAUCGAAUAUCAAAUGCAAACCUGUCAGGGUCUGGAAACUUGUGAUGCUAGUUCGUGAAUGGUGAGCGUGUAGUUGCAAUGCGCAGCCACGCAUGACAAGUCUCUGGGCUCCGUUCUUGUGUUUCGCUUUCCGCAUGGCAAACUGCGCUUUUGCAUGAUAGGCAAGAGGCUUUUUUCCAGUUCGCGCAUUACAGAUUCAACUGUUAUGUGAGACAAGCAUGACAAACCGGCAUUCUUCCAGAGAGACCCAGACAGAUUUGCAACGCAUAUCGAAAUCGACGAAGCAACGGGGUUGUUUGUCGACGGACCGUACGCACUGUGCAAAAGUUGGAUCGUACUCGUAGUACUAAUCGUAAUGAUCGCAGGAUAAUGCAAUCUUUUUUCUAUGGUAAACCAGCAUCACGAAAUCCAUUUUUCAGGCUGAGCAAGAGUUUGUAAUGCACUUGUUCCGCGAAGUUUGUAAUGCACGACCACAAGCGCGACGCUUUUGCAUUGCAUAGACGGAGUCGGUUGGAUGGAAUGAUGGGUGGACUUGGAGAAGAUUUUGAAAGCGAAUCCCUCUUGCAGGAUUUACAGCCGGGGGUGCUUUUCGUUGUCCAGUGCAGUCGCCAGAUGAAGGCGCACCGGUCUUAUUCCAACGGGAUAAACAGUGGAAGCGGCAUUCUCAAUCAUGGAGACGGCCAGCUCGACGACAGCGAAAACUGGUUUGAGAAGUCCACCAGGAUUUUUGAAGACGACCUCACCGAUAUUUUGCAAAUGGCAACGACUGCUGGUACUAGCAAGGAAAGAGUUCUUGGCGUUCAUCAAGGGAAAAUAAAUGCAGAUACGGCCGCUUCUAGCAGCACCGCCACUUCUGGACCUGGAGCUGCGUUAGGUGGAGCAACGAUUGGAACAAACAGCAAUAUCAAUACCUCCGAUGAAAUUCUAGACCAGGCGCAGCAUCAGCAGGAGAAUAACAACGUCCCCUUCGGCGACUACGUUUUGUUGCGAGGAACGUGUUUUCUUCCAGAGGAGCGCGAGAACAGAAAUGAAGAUGAUGCACUGUCCAGCAAAAGUCACAAGAUUGCAGCACUGAAAAAGAUGAAAUUCGGUGUGGUUCUGUACGAUCCGCUUACGGACGGAAAACAACUGUGCGAGCGCGUGUUUGACCUGCAGAGCAUCUUCACCGAAGGGGGUGGUCGCACACCAUUUACAAGGGAAAAAGCGGCUUUGUUCUUAGAGGCGAUUUGCUACGGCGGGCCGAAGAAUGGGCUGUUUUUACCGGAAGGAGGCGUGGGGUUGUGAAAGAGGAUUUGAUGAUACACAGAUGGGAGGUGUAGUUGUUUUGGAAUUAUAGCACUGGAUGGUCAUAUGUAUAGCUGUUCGCGAGUCGUCGUCGCGCAGUGUUUUUUUUUUGAAUUGACGUACCUCAUUUCCGUGUUUGAAGUUGAAAAGAUCAAUACGCGACCUACGCGACCGCAAAACGAAAACUCGCUUCGUAUGUAGUGGUUUUCUAUGUGCGUCUGAAACUAUACCGCUGACCAACGAGUAAAGAUGAAAGUAAGAGUAAGUGCUGAAGAAAGUAGUAGAAUAUUCAACCAGACUGGUACAUGAGUGAGAGCAGAGGUAAUUUCAAUUUGUCCGCUGAAUCGAAAAGAUGAAGUGGAACAGCCUCAACAACGUUCAAACCGAUAAAGCGUGCGAAAGUCUUGCAGCGAACAAUUCCAAUCUAUGCCCUCUUUUAGUUGUUUCCGGAUCUUGUAGCAGCUGUAAAAGCAAACCGUCAGAACAAGUGAACAGGCACGAGGAAGACAUGAAGUCAGUGAACAAGUGCAGGAUCAUGCAUUGAGCGAC